AAGCUAAUUGAGUCAUCAUUUUAUCUCAAACUUAGUAAUUUGCUCGAUUGCUUUUAAUUGCUACUAAUUGGUGAAUACAAAAAAAAUAUUGAGUUGGAGUGAGAUUCCAAUUUACAUAAUUACGUAGAGGUGUAAAACGCUUAUCAUCAUCAUCCAAAUUGUAUUCAAUACAAUUUUAUUUAUUGUGUCCAGUGAAUAAUUUAUGGAUUGUGAAAAAAGUGAAAGAACUGCGUCCUCAUUUAAGGUGUGCAAAUAAAAGGAAAAGUUUUAUUUUAUUAGAAAGGAAAAGAGCAGAAAAGAAAUCAAAUAAAGAGAAAAAAAAGUUUUUUUUCUUCUCAAUAAAACAUUGAUGAUAGCAAGAAAGCUAUCAAGAAACGGAAGAACUAUGAAGUAUUUGAUUGUCAUAAUGAUGGUCUUUAGCAUAAAUUACGAAACCACAUCCUCAUCGAAUGUCGGAGUGAAUCAAUUUAAUUCUGUCACACGCACCUCAUCAUCGUCCAAUGAUGCUCGAUAUCAUCACAGUGAGGAGGAGAAAGGGAACUAUGAAAUUGGUAAAGACGAGUACAUACAAAAUUCAUUAGAUAGACGACCAUAUUUUGAGGAUUCUGUGUCAAAGAAUGUUACAGCACUCAUUGGAAGCACAGCGUACCUUAAGUGUCGUGUACAUAAUCUAGGCAAUAAGACAGUGUCAUUUAUUCGACAUCGAGAUUUGCAUCUUCUGACGGUCGGAAAGACCACUUACACACCUGAUAAUCGCUUUCAAAGUGUACACAAUUCUCACACAGAUGAAUGGUCGUUGAAGGUACUUUACACAAAAUUCAAUGACACUGGAGUGUAUUCAUGUCAAGUCGGUAGUGCCCCACCCGUUAGCAUAACAAUGUCACUCUUCGUUGUAGAACCGUUAACAUUGAUAAUGGGAAUGCCUGAGAUGUUUAUUGAGUACGGUUCAACAAUCAACUUGACAUGCAUCGUCAAAAGGUCGCCUGAUCCACCCACAAAUAUCGUUUGGACACAUAAUGGAGAGGAAGUGAAUUAUGAUAGCAGUCGAGGCGGCAUAUCCGUAAUCACAGAAAAGAGCGACAUAACAACUUCAUAUCUUCUAAUUCAACGCGCGAAAUCAAAGGAUAGUGGAUUGUAUACGUGUUUGCCAUCAAAUGCAAAACCUGCCAACAUAACUGUUCAUAUUCUCAAUGGUGAACAUCCUGCUGCCAUUCAAAGUGGAAACAAGAUAGAAAUUAGAUUAUAUUUUUUAAUAUUAGUUUUCAUAGCACUUUCAACUUUUACGUCGUCUGUCCAAAGAUAAUUCUCUGUGUAUUUUUAUUAUUUAAAUUUUCUACUAAAAUAUAUUGUAUUGUAUUAUUAUUAAAAGAAGAUGUAGUGCAGAAAAUAAUGAUGAAAUUAUUAUUAUAAUAAAUAUUUAAGAAAUGAAUGAAAACUUCAUUAUCUUCUUAUUUCUGUUCUGUACUUUCUUUCCU